UUGUCCCAGUUAGAACCAACAUCUCCUCACUUUACUCCGGGAGCGCUGCAUGUGUUUGAUUGGCUGAGAGAAAGCUGUCCGCUGAUUGGACGAAACUUUUCGCUGUUAAAAGUUUCUGUCUGAGCAGCAGGGUUCAUGUGGCAGUGGAUUGCCCAUGAGUGCAGACCUUUAAACCAAGAGCCGUACUUGGCGAUGGACGUGCGUUAACUUAAGACAAGGAUCGUGCCUUUGCGCUGCAUGUUUACUAACAAGGGAAGUCCACCUCCUUUUAAGCACUAUAAAUUGAAAAACGUGGAAUAAAUCACUUAAAAAAAAUAGAAAGAUAUGGCAGCCUUGAGCAAUACUACUAUGAAGACUUUGGAGGAUUUGACUCUGGACUCUGGAUAUGGAGCCGGUGACUCUUACAGAUCCCACAGCCUGUCUUCCACCAAGUCCAACUCCCAGGCGCUCAUCAGUUCUCCACUGCGGGGAAACUGGUGGAGCAACACGGGAUCCAUCAACAGCAGGAACAACAGCUGGGACACAGUGAACACGGUGCUUCCUGAAGACCCAGAAGACAUCUUCUCCAAAUGUCCGAGGUUACCAGAAUUAGAGGAGUUCCCUUGGACAGAUGAAGAGAUCGAUGUGGUCCUGCGUAAAGUUGCUGGAGAGGGACUGUCUUUCACUCCAGAGAGCGUCAGGAGUCUGUCAGUGCUUAUGCGCAGAGCUUUAUUGCGGAUCUCCAGAGAAGCGCAGCGGCUGAGUGUUGUGCACUGCAGGUGCACGCGGUUCGAGGUGCAGAGCGCGAUGAGACUGAUCAUGAGCUGGGCGCUGGCGGAAAGCUGCGUCUCGGCCGCGGUCCGAGCCAUCUCAUUGUACAGUAUGAGUGCUGGAGAGGUUCUGCGUAAGAGCAAGUCUUCCCGCUGCACACUGAGUUUGUCUGUUGGACGCUUUUUCCGGUGGAUGGUGGACACUCGCAUCUCAGUGCGCAUUCAUGAGUACGCGUCCAUCUGUUUGACCGCGUGCAUUGAAAAUCUAGUGGAGGAAAUUGGGCUUCGUGUCCUGGCAGUGGCGCGGAGCGGAACCAACAUCUCACCAGUUACGGCUGAUGCGCUCGAGGCUGCAGUCAGCAAUGACGCGGAUAUAUUUGGUCUCGUGCAAAACUACGAACAUCUCAUCUGCGGGAAGAACGCCAAUGGUGAGCUGUCUCUGCCUGCCCAUUUCAGUCCGUAUGCUAAGGGUCCAGACUCAGCGGUGGAGAGCAGAGAGAAUGCCUACGCACAGCUGGAGCUCAGGACGCUGGAGCAGGCCCUGCUGGCCACCUGUGUGGGCAGCCUCUCGGAACUCAGUGACUUGGUCUCCCGUGCAAUGCACCAUAUGCAGCGUUUGGUUUCAGCAAGUCCCAGUCUCAGUCCAGGACGUCCUUUCUGCCUGCAGCCCAUCUCCUGGUCUCCAGACGCCCUUCACACACUCUAUUACUACCUACGCAGUCCACAGAUGGAGUCACUGGAGAACCCCAACCUUGAGCCACCCAGAAUAGCCCUCAGUAAAGAGAGGCCAUUUCCUCUUCUUCCUCCUCUGAUGGAGUGGAUGCGAGUCGCUAUGGUCCAUGCGGAGCAUCGACGGAGCCUGUUAGUGGACAGUGAUGAUGUGAGACAGACUGCCCGACAGCUUCUCCCUGGACUGGACUGUGAACCUCGACAGCUCAAGCCAGAGUGCUGUUUCACCUCCUUUAAACGUCUAGAUUCAAAGGCUGCCACAGACAAGUUUAAUCUGGAUCUUGGCUUUCGCAUGCUCAACUCUGGCCGCACUGAUCUGAUUGGCCAAGCUAUCCAGCUUCUGGGCCCAGAUGGGGUGAACACAAUGGAUGACCAGGGCAUGACUCCACUGAUGUACGCCUGUUCAGCAGGGGAUGAGGCGCUGGUACACAUGCUCAUUGAUGCUGGGGCAAACUUGGAUAUAGCGGUGCCCAACUGUUCAUCAAAACAUCCCUCUGUCCAUCCUGAGAGCCGCAGUUGGGUGGCCCUCACCUUUGCAGUGCUGCAUGGACACAUAUCUGUAGUACAGCUCUUGUUAGAUGUGGGAGCAGAUGUGGAGGGCACAGCCCUGAGAAAUAGCCACCACAGCUCAGCAGAAACACCCCUCCAGCUGGCAUCUGCCGCAGGGAACUAUGAGAUGGUGAGUUUGCUGUUGUCCCGCGGCGCUGACCCCAUGCUGCGGGUGCAUCUGACAUCAUCACUCUAUGAGGGCAUGAACUGCUUCAGUCAUGCUGCAGCGCAUGGACACAGGAACGUGUUGAGGAAGCUGUUGAGUCAGCCUCAGCGGCUGCAGGAGGACGUUCUUUCUCUGGAGGAGAUCCUGGCAGAGGGAGUAGAGGAGCAGGAGAAGCAGGGAAUAGAGGACGGAGCAAAAGCAAAGUCUGUCUGUUCUCCGCGGCUGUGUAAGGCCCGCAUCAGAGCCCUGCAGGAAGCCAGUCUGCACAGCGCUGAGCACGGAUACCUGGACGUCACCAUGGAGCUCAGGGCACUGGGAGUGCCGUGGAAGCUGCAUGUGUGGCUGGAGUCCGUGCGCAGUGCCCAGUUCCAGUCCAGGACUGAACUCAUGCUUUCUCUCCUUAAAGACUUCACCACUAUUGGGGAAGAAAAAUACUGCGAGGAGCUGCUCUCAGAGGGUCUUCCACUCCUCUUCUCCAUUAUCAAAACUAGCAAGAGUAAGGACAUCCGUAAGCAGCUGGCAGUCAUCUUUAGCCACUGUGUUUGCUCUACAGCCGUCCCAUCUAUUCUGGCAGUGAAGGACACACCUACAGCUCAGCUGGAUGCUCAUUUUCUGAAUAACGCUGAGAUGUCUGAUGUGAUAUUUGUGGUGGAGGGAAGGCCGUUUUAUGCCCACAGAGUUCUGCUCAUGUCUGCUUCACAGAGGUUCAGAGACUUGCUGGGCCUCUGCCGGAGCAAUGGCACAACAGACCACAUGGCCAUUGAAGUCACUGACAUAAAAUACAGCACGUUCCAGAUGAUGAUGGCACAUCUGUACUGUGGAGGAACAGAAUGUUUAGACGUGUCUGUGUCUGAUUUGCUGGAGCUUCUGCCCGUGGCACACUCAUUCCAGCUUCCAGUUUUGAAGAGACACUGCGAAAUCCUCUGCUCAGAGAGAAUAAAUCUCAUCAACGCUGUGAGCGUCUACCAGACUUCCAAAGUGAGUGAGGCAGUGGGGCUGGCAGUGUUCUGCGAAGGCUUUUUCCUGCAGAACAUGGUCGAUCUUCUGGACUGUGAGCAGUUUGAGGAGCUGCUGCUGGGUUCUGACUGCAGCACUGCACUGGAUCCAGAUGCACUGGAUGGGCUUCAGGCAACACUGGCUUCAAGGCUGCACUCACUCUGUGGCCCACGACGAGCUUGAGCGCAUGAGGGGAAAACAUUUGAAAUUACAGGUGUGGUUCACAAAGCUCAGAUUUGCAGGCAGGCAAGUCCCAUACCAACACAUUGUUUAGAAGAUGUUUUUCCUCCAGGUGGCAUCUUUCUAAUUCCUUUUUUUUCUUUCUUGUUUUUUGCCAGUGCCAGUAUUUUAAUGUGAUGUGUGACCUAUUUAUUAGAGUUUUUAAGACUUAAAUGGUAAAAUAAUGUAUGAAAUUGUUUCCUAAUAUUUUGCUUUGGUCAUGGAUAAUGAAUUUAAAUGUGGAUUGA